AUGUGCCUUUCCAUUAUAUUCAUGGUCAUUGACACGUGCAGUGUGCUGGACGCCUUUGACACAGCCCAUCUAGCCACGGGUAUCCAGCCAUUCUGGAAACUGUCAUUCAUCUUCAAAUGUCUCUGUGACACAGUCAUCUUGGAUGAUUUCAAGACGGCGUUGGAUCAUAUCCGCUCUUAUCACUUCAGCAGGUCGAUACUGGCGCGUGAAGAGUCAUUUUGGAGACAUAGCGAUCAACAGCAGGUCGAUGUUGAGAACGGGGUUUGCCUGAGUCCCAGGAGGAGCAGGACUGCGAAGCGCGAUGACCAGCUGCCAAGGGUUGCUAUGAGGGAAGAUAUUGGUGUCUAG